CCAGCCUCGCCCAGGUUGGCCACUGGGGGCGCCCGAGGGCGGCCGGCGCUCUGGCCCGCUCGCGUGCUCUGUGGCCGCCGCGUGCAGCGGCUGCGUAGUGCGCACGCUUCUGGGACCCGCGGGCGCCGGCCUGUCGCACCCUGACCUGACGGGCCCAGCUUCAGAGCCAGGCUGUCGUGUGACCCCUGACCUCAUCCUGACCCGACCAGACCCCAUCCGGAACCGUUCUGCCCCGGCUCUGAGCCGGACCUGUGAUCCCCGCCUCCAGGCUCUGGUCCGGCCUUGAACCCAGCCCCAGCCCCCGCGGCGCCCCGCUCUCCUGGCCAUGCAUGGGAAGCUGCUGCCGCUGGCCGGCCUCUACCUGGUGCAAGGCCUGCCCUAUGGGCUGCAGUCAGGCCUGCUGCCCGUGCUGCUGCGGGCGCGCGGCCUCUCCCUGACACGCGUGGGACUGGCCAAGGGGCUGUACCUGCCCUGGCUGUUUAAACUCGUGUGGGCCCCACUGGUAGACGCGCGGGGCUCCCUGAGGGCCUGGCUGAUGCUCAGCACGGCUGCUCUGGGCCUGGUGUGCGGGCUGCUGGCAGCCCUGCCUCCGGCGGAAGCUGGCCCGGCUGGGCUGCCGGUCACUGUGGCGGGGCUGCUUCUGUUGCUGAACCUGGGUGCAGCUGUGCAGGAUGUGGCCCUGGACACGCUGGCCGUCCAGCUCUUGGAGCCCGCGGAGCUAGGGCCUGGCAACACAGUGCAGGUGGUCGCUUACAAGCUGGGGGCAGUGCUGGCGGGAGGAGGCCUCUUGGUCCUCGUACCCACCCUCUCCUGGCCUCUGCUUUUCCUGCUCCUGGCUGCCACCUACUGGUUGGCUGCUGUCCUCAUCUGGGCUGCCCCGGCCCUGCAGCAGCUGCCUGCGUCUCGGCCCUCAGAGCCACCCCGCCACAGUCUGCACCUUCUGCAGGACGUGCUGGCCAUGCCUGGCACUCUGUGGACAGCAGGCUUUGUGCUCACUUACAAACUGGGUGAGCAGGGUGCCAGCAGCUUGUUUCCGCUCUUCCUGCUGGACCACGGCAUCUCCACUCCAGAGCUGGGACUGUGGAACGGCGUGGGUGCUGUGGUCUGCUCCAUUGUAGGCUCGUCCCUGGGUGGGGCCCUGCUGGCCAGGCACAGGCAACCACUGCCCCUGCUGAGGUCAGUGCUUCGGUUCCGUCUUGGGGGUCUGGCCUGCCAGACCACCCUGCUCUUCCACCUGGACGCCCCAGGGAUCAGGCUGGGCCCCAGCACAGUCUUGAGAGGGGCGGCCUUGCUGAGCCUGUGUCUGCAGCACUUCCUGGGGGGCCUGGUUACAACCACCACGUUCACCCUGAUGAUGCACUGUAGCCAGCUGGCGCCCAGUGCCCUGCAGGCCACACACUACAGUCUCCUGGCCACUCUGGAGCUGCUGGGGAAGCUGUUCCUGGGCACGCUGGCCGGAGCCCUGGCUGACAGCCUGGGGCUGCAUCUCUGCUUCUCUCUCUUCCUUGCUCUCUCAGGCAUGCCCAUUCUGUAUCUGAGCCUGGCACCCAGCACCCUGGCCUGAGCUGGGUGGCCAGCCUGCCUAAUAAAGCUGAGCUUGCCCAUG